AUGGUGGAUCAACAAGAUCUAGACAAUAUUGACGAAAAAGAUAUUGCAUAUACCAUUCGGUCUGUCUUCAACAUUGACCCGGCCAAUAAGAUCCGGCUGAUCAUGGUCUACCCGGUUUCCACUGGCCGGAACACGGCUGAAGUCCUUCGGGUCAUCGACGCACUCCAGCUUGGUGGCGAAAGAGGAGUGACGGAUCCCAUCAACUGGGAGAUGCGGCAAGAUGUGAUUGUGCCUCCCUCAUUUUCCACUGGGGACGCGAAGGAGAAGUUUGUUGAUGUAAAGGUCGCCCAUAUCAGAGGUUCGCGACGGGCAAUUUGA